AUGAUUCGUUCGAUUCAACUGAAUGCUGACGCAAGCGCGAUUCGACGAGAGAUGUCGCAAGCUGAAAGUAGCCAUCAACAACACCAUUACAAUCAGCGUCAUCAUCAUCGUCAUCAUCCUGCAUCUGACGACAGCAAUACAUCAGAUCUGAUUAGGCGGCGGUUGAAUAGUGCUAAUGACGAGACGAUGAUACAACAAAAGUUAACACCAAACGAUUGCAAUGUUCGUUGCAAUGAUUCCACCGGCUUAUGGCGAAUGAACUUCUUAUGGAUUUUCUCAUCACUUUCUUUUUCAUUGCCAUCGUCUCCAAUGCACAAAUAUUCGAGAAUCUUAUACGAUUAUUAUGAAUCAUUAGCGCGUUUAUACGAUCUCAUUUGGAGUUAUGUACCACCGAAGCUGUAUUUGUAUUGUUGUUAUUUGACAUAUCUCUUCUGGUUCAUGGUCGGCAUAUUGGUGCUACGAAAAACGCAAAAUGCUAUUGCGGCUGUACGCUACGUGAAAGUGCAUGGCAUGGAAGUUUCUGAAGCGGCCAUCGAACACUCCAGUGAAUUCAAGCGUUUACUCUGGACAUUAGAUCAUGAAUUCAGUCGACCACCAGCUAUAUUCUUCUUAAAUCAGUACGCACUCAACAUGACGUUCAACUUUCUGUGUAAUACCAACGAUUUGAAUGGUGUUCACGAUCGACUCAUUUUCAUCACUCUCGACUCAACUGCUCGUGACGUUCUCAAGGAGUAUUGGCCAAACGUACGACAACUUUAUUGGCCGACGCCAAGUUUAUAUAGGCCAUUCAGCUUCGCUGAAGGCGCUUAUCAAACGUUGUAUUUACUACGUGCAAAUCUUGCGGUGUGCUUGUUGAAGCACGGUAAAUCAUUUUGGAUGAUGCAGCAAGAUACGUUCUGGCGUCGAAAUGUGUUCGAUUUGAAGUAUGAAGAAAAUUUUCAAUACGACGCUAUUUUCGAUCAAAUUGGCGAUGGUCAAAAUUCACAACGUGCCGAAUGGGUGAAUGGUGCAAAUUUCUUCGUACAUGCAAAUAACCAUACGUUACGAUUCUUCGAAGCAGUUGCUAGAAAGUUAGCACAUUGGUACACACCAGAUAUGGGUAUUAUGAUACAUCAGUGUCACACGUGGACUAAACCAAAAUGUGGUUAUAUUCCGCACAAGAUCGCACAUUCAUGGGAAUGGAUGUAUACGGAUCAAAAAAAUCCACCUUAUAUAAUGCAACUGGACUGUGAAACUGACGGUGGCUCUAAGCUAAUGCAGUUGGCACGAUUCGGAUUCUACUUCAUGAAUAAGAACAAUUCGCGUAUAUGUAAUCAGACAGCUGUUGACGUUGCACGGAAACGUAUGGAGUCGGGUCAAAUCGAAGCACCACGUGCACGUCUCAGUUGGGGUCGUUUUCAGUUCAAGGUUUAUUGGUGGAUUGUUGAUUACAUGCUAUGGACACCCGUUAUUGGACCGUUGAUGAAGCCAUACUUACCGUUGGUUGGCUUUUGUAUUAUGAUCACCAUCUAG